GAAAAGACAAAAAAAGUUGUUUUUUGCCCCCCUCCUCUCUGUGUGUCUCUCUCCUCCCGCUGUCAGGUGACUUUUUAGCGUUAGAAGCUAAUGAGCGUGGAUGCUCUGGGGAUCCCAGUGAUGGACCCUGCUGCUCUCUCCAGGCGGAAAACGGCGCUGAGAUUAGUAGACUUGGCGGGGGCUCCUCGCCACCACCACCCCCCUCAAAGCAUGACAGGCUUGCCGGGCCUCGCCGGGCGCCCCCACGCCGCUCAGCCGGGGCAGCACGCCGCAGAGUGCCGCCUCGGGCCGCAGCCACUCCGGCCAGAACACAUGGGGCACCGCCACCAUCCUCAUCCUCCUCCUCAGCAUCACCCCGCGGCCCUUAAGCUCAGCCCUGCCCCUCAUCCCCACCACCAGCUCCACCACCACCACCACCACCACCAUCAUCAUCAUCAUCAUCAUCAUCAUAUGGCAGGCCAAGCCGAGGUGGUCUCUAGUCAAACGGGAGCGUUUGGCCCGGCGCAGUCACCAGCAGCCCCUUACCCUGUGUCUCACCCAGCCCAGGCUCUGGCAGCAGGUAGCUACCCCGGACACCAUGGUCACCACCACCACCACUCAGAAGCUGGGAAUCCCUCUCUGUUCACUGGACUCCAUGAGCAGCCUCCCCAUGCAGCUCCAGGUGGCCAUCUAAACGGACAGCUCAGACUGGGGUUACCUGGAGAAAUGUACGCCAGGUCUGAACAUUUCACUCAAGUACCAGCCUCCAGGACAGAGCAUUUUGCUGCUUCUUCGCUUCAUAACUACGGUGGUAUGAACCUGAACGUGAACCUGGCUCCACACCACGGCCCGGGUGCCUUCUUUCGUUACAUGAGGCAGCCCAUCAAACAGGAACUCAUCUGUAAGUGGAUUGAGUUGGACCAGACUCCUAAAAAAUUAUGCUCGAAAACUUUCAGCACGAUGCACGAGCUGGUGACUCAUGUCACGGUGGAGCACGUUGGAGGACCCGAGCAGUCCAAUCACAUAUGUUGGAGGAUAAGGCCGUUAAGGCGGUGGCAGCAGGACGAGCAGGACGGGCUGGGAUCGCUUCGCCGCCUUCCCAGAGGGCCAGGAACAAUAGUGCGAGCCGUGGGCAGGAGCCCCGCUCCCUCCCUGCGGCCCCCAGCGCCCCGCGCCUCGCCCGCAGCCCGGAGGCCACCGCCUCCGGCUUCCCCCCGCCACGGCUCACCCGCACAAGUUGGUAAAUACCUUAAUCCACUCCCGGAGACGGGGGAUUAUGCCACCAAUUCCAAGCUGAAUUUCACUGAACACUUUUGCCCAGCUACAAGUGUGGGGUAUAAUGGCGGUUCGGGUCCUGCUCGUCUCCUUCGGCCGCGGAACUUUCUGCGUGGCUGCAGCUCAGUGCCCGGGCUGCGGCAGCCGCCACCCGUGCCGGGCAGGGAUUCCCACCUAAGAAAACCUGCUCCCGGGAAAGCGAUACUUGCAAAUGUCUCGGCAGGGGACAGGGAAAGAGAAGCUGUCCGGGCAGGGUGCUCUGCGUGCGGAGCCGGGUGGGCAUGGAGCGGCGGCUCCCGGGGGAUGCUCGGCGGGGCCGGCGGGGAAGGGCAGGGCCAGCGAGAGGAGUCUCCGCGGGGAGAGGAGCAGGGCCAGGGCCGGAGAGAGGGCUCCGGGAGGCUGCGGGCUGGGGAGGUACCGGGAUGCACCGCUCUCGGCCCUGCCGCCGCCGCUGCUAAUAGGUGUGCUCGCCCAUUGCCUCCUGCAGGGGAGAAGCCGUUCAAAUGUGAAUUCGAGGGCUGCGACAGGCGCUUCGCCAACAGCAGCGACAGGAAGAAGCACUCGCACGUCCACACCAGCGACAAGCCCUACAACUGCAAAGUGAGAGGCUGCGACAAGUCCUACACCCACCCCAGCUCCCUGAGAAAACACAUGAAAGUGCACUGCAAAUCCCCUCCUCCCAGCUCCGGCUACGAGUCCUCCACGCCCUCCUUGGUGUCCCCCUCCUCGGACUCCGGCCGAGAGCCCCCCGCCUCCUGCUCGCACGCUGAGCCCUCCGCGCCCGCGCAGCCCGCCGCCAACCUGAGCGAAUGAUGUCUACCCCGUUGCUCUCAAGGUAAUCUAGACAGACGCAGCUGAAAGCCUGAAUCUUUUGCCUUAGACAUCAAAGCAAGCUCGCACAAAGAAGUAUUUCUUCACAACGGUGAAUCUUCAUGGUAAGUUAGGAUUUCUAUGGCAAUAGGCAAGUCAUACUUAAAUAGUGAAAGGCGAAGUCUGGAGCCCGUCCAGUCUUUUCAUUAAGGACAUAAUAUUUACGUCUAACAGGCCCUUUUUCUUGUGUAUACAAGUAUAUAUUUUUGUUUGACGCGAACUAAAUCAUUUUCAUUUAAUUUCCGGUAAACAAAACCCACGCGAACAGGGCACUUGUUCCAGACCAUAAUAAAAAUGGAUAAGACUGUCAGGAAGAAAAGGCCCGCUUGAACCGUCGCCUCAGCUCACUUUUGUUUCUGCUUUCUGCCAGGAUCAGAGAAUGCAUUUGGGAUUUGAGAGCGAGUUUCUAAAGGCAAGGAAAUGGUUUUUAAGGGGGGAAAGAAAAGGAGAAAGGUCUAAUCAAGCUCGGGUUGUUCAAAGAGCCUGAUUUUGGGGUUGAAAGUGUGAGUUUUAUGGUGCAUCAGCAUGCCACGUUAGGAUCGCUAUGGUAAUGAGGAGAGCAAUAGCAAGCGGCCUUCAAAGGAGGCACACUCCAUUUGAGACAGUCUAUUAAGAUACAUUUGCACUGACCUUUGGUUUCAUGCUAGCUUAAUACACUCAAUCUGCUCCCCGCUAGAGAUAGACUUCCUCCACCUAAUGCACUUCGGCGGAGCUGGGCUUUGCUGGCUUUCGCCCUCCCCCCGAGGCGGGCUCCGUUCCGGCGCUGCAGCUCCGGGCUCCUUCUCCCCAAAGUGAGGGACUGGUAGCUCCCCAGCCUCGGAGGAAUCUCCCGCCCGCUGACCAGCCUUUCUGACCAGCUUCUCGUAGCAAAACUGGCCACAAACCCCUAAGAAUUACUUCCUUCUCUUUCCCCCCUCCACCCCCGGCAGGGGAAGAUAGGAUGGACCCCCCUCCUUGGGCUGCCUUGGGCUGCCUUGGCUCCAGGGAGUAGGUGUGCUGAUGGAAGUGCCCCAGGACCCGGGAAAGCGGGGCGAGGCGCGGGGGGAACUGCCCGUGCCCCUCUUUACACCCCACUCGGGCCGGCUGUCGCCUCGCGGCACCGAGGGGAGGCUCCGCGGUGCGGGGAACUUGACACCCGCACGGCCGGGGCCAUGGGCGCUGGGCUAUGGGCCCGGGAAAGUUAGAAGUCCAUGUUCCAGUAAUUGUCUUGUUGUUUAUUUUAUCCAAGUACCCUUGUGAAUAGGGGAAAAAUAAACACGGGGGAAAAAAAUUCAAACAGUUGAGUCGUCUUUAGUGCCAGCCUCUGUGGUUGAAUAAAAAGGAUGGUCCAAUUUCUAUUGAGCUGAGAAAUCUUUGAAGUGGGAGUUAUUAUCUGAGAAAUUCCUGCUCGUCGUCCUAACAACGCUGAUGAAACGUAAAAGGUUCUUUGUCAGCGAUUUGUUCUCCUCUCUGUCAAACUCACCCCACCCUGCCCGUUAGCUUUAAACCGUUUCUAAAGAGAUAAAAAUCAAACUUUUAAAGAUAACUUUAGGGGCCCAGAGGGUGCAGAAAAUACCAAACUAUCGAAUCCUUUGUAUAGACAUACAUCUGGACAUACGUGGCUGUGUCUGCGUGAAACGCUGUCUGUGUACAAAGGUCCAUAGAUAUCUGUAUGACCUUACAGUUCGAAAGUUGAAAUUAUGACCAUUUUUUUUGCAUUUCAUCCUCCAAACUUUUCCAUCUAAUAAAUUAUUCCUACACACACUCUGCACAGAAUGAGAAUCUUAGGCAAAGGCAGAAAUGUUGGGUUUCAUUAACACCACUAUGUUACCAACAAAUGUUUUCUUUCUAGUAGAGUAAAAACAAGAGCACAGACAUAAGAGUGAAAUCUUUGAUGAUUUUAACGGGCCGGAUACCUAUCAAGCAUGUAUAUAGUGCAAUGUAUCGAAGUUGUUAAUGCAUUCAAAGUGAUGGCUUCCAUAUGCUCUCAUGUUUUAUUGUCUGUGAGUGUAAGGAUAGUUGAACUGCACCCCUUUUGUAUCUUCAUUUUAUAAACAUAACGGUGUUGUACUGAAAUGAUUCCCUAACCAAGAUUUAUUUAGUAGUUUCUCAUUGGAGAUCACGCAAUACUGUGUUCGGAAUACGAAUUCCUUGGAGUUGUAACUCAUCGGUGUACUUCUGUUUUAGUUGUUACAGAACGAUCUGAGCCCAAUCCUGCCAUUCUAAGCCAAUCCAUUAAUUUAAUGGGACCUUUUCUGGGUAAAGACCGAGUCAAUUUGCAGUGGAGUGGGUAUUAUUAUUAUUAUUAUUAUUAUUAUUGUUAUUAAUUUUGGAUCUUGUCAUAUUUAUGGGAAAAUCCAGGGCAUUCUUUGUGAACUGUACAGAGAAGAAGCCUCUGAAAAUGUAGCUUACAAAAAAAAACACAUUUACAAUGUUGAUGUACUGUAUCUCUUUCCAAACUUCUUAUAAUUCCUUAUUUUUCUUCAUCACAUGUUUGGUAAUGAAGGAAUGUUCUGUUGUGUGCUUGAACAUACUAUUUAUUUUUAAUAUUUGGGUUUUUUUACAAUAAAUAUUUAUAAACAUUUCAUUUCUAUGGUUAUUUUUACAAACAUGCACUUUUAAAAUAUGUGUUGAUAUACUGAUGAUACCGAGCCUUUCCUAAAACACUGUGUAAUCUGCCUUGGCUUUCUGUUGAUUUUCGUAUCAGUUGACAAGAAAUUUCCCCUAACCUGUGUACUAUUAAUGUGGUGUACAAUCGAGUAUUAAUGCG